CAACAAAAAUAUAGAAGAAUUAGAAGUCUUGGAAAAGGCAUUUUGGUAUAAUCAGUUUUAAAGGGCUGAUUUUGACAACGUUCCCCCUUUGUUCUUGGCAAGCAGAUUCACUUCUACUUUGAUUAUGCAUCAAGUUUUAUUUGAGUUUCAGGGCCUGCUCAAGUGUUGUUUUUUAUUGUUCUUUGGAGUUUGGGCAGGGCUAUCCUUGGGCUUGGAUUUUAAUUCAGAUAUUGGGAUGAAGAAGAAAAGGGGUAAUGGCCUGGUGGUGAGGGCUGGGAAGGCUGCCCUUUGUCAAACCAAGAGGAAUAGGUCUCGGAAGUCUUUGGCUCGUACUCAUGGAUUCCGAAAAAGAAUGAGAACAACUAGUGGAAGAGCCAUCUUGAAGCGUCGACGUGCCAAGGGUCGAUGGGUCCUUUGCCCAAAGUCCUAUCCAAAUAGAGGGAAACGUGCCUAACUAUUUCUUUUAUUCAGGUGCAAUUGGUAAAUGUAAUAUUAAUUGAUAUUCAGUAAAUGAUUUAGGCAAACUUGAUCACAUUCUCUUUUUUCUGCUUCCUCUGUGCAAUUGUUUUAAUUGAAAUUCACAAUGAUUAUAUUCAACCUUUUUCUGUCCUUGUGUUUAUUUUAGCUGUUCUCACUUCUAGCUCUUAGGCAUCAACAACAAUCUAUAAAAGUAAUAAGUUAUGAACUGAUCUUAACUCCUUGUUAAAGUUGGAAGGGUGAUGGUGAAAGUAUUAUGUUCCUGCAGAUGAUUGGCUCCUUGUCCUACCCUUUGUAGCAGAAGAUGUUGUGAACAGUUCUUGUUGUGAAUGUAGCAUUUAGCCUUUAAAUGAUUUUCACCUUUUUCCCUGCUUGAAGUUUGUUCAAGAGAUGUUGUUUCUUACUUAGUAUUUCCAAUUUAUCAAUAAGAGAUGUUGUUUCUUUGUAACUCAAAUUUAUCAAUAAGCUUAUCAAAUUUUA